UCCGUUCAGAAACCUUUAAAUUUUGUUCCGGUAUAUCACCCAUCCUUGAGUAACAGCCUUAUCACGAUAAAAACCUUUCCUCCCACUCUCAAUUUCUCAAAAAAACACUUAAUAAAAACACUCAUCACUCAUCAACCGACCGCCAUCAUGUCCUCCAAAGGACCUCCAAUCACAAAACUCAUCGUGGAAAAUUCGCUCGAAUCGUCGAAUUACGAUGGAAUCCUUUUGAUUUCUUCGCCUGGUCAGCAGUUAAAAUCGACAAAACUUGGAGAUGCCCUCCGAGAUGCCCUCCUCUUAGAUCCGACUCUGGAAUCGGAAAUUGCGAUUUUGCCAGUUCCGGGCUUACCGGCGAAGCGUUUGGUGCAUUCACCCACCGGAAAAAUCGAUCCGGAUUACGAUGACGUCAGAGUGUUGAAAAAUGCAGCACUGAAAGGCAUGAAACGGGCGCUGAAAGCGGGAAUUUCAAAACCGUUGCUCGUCGUGGAGGAAACUAGAUUCGAGAAUGGAGAAUUGGUGACUUUAUUAGGGGCAUUGGAAGCGGUAUACGUGCCGAUUCAAGUCCGUGAACACGACCCGACGAAACAAUCUCCAAUAAACCACCUGGGGGUCUUCUCCUCGGACCCCAACAAGACCAAAACUCUGGUCGACUUGGCCACCAUCCUCGAGAGUGGUCGUCGAGUAGCGUGCGACAUCGGGGAUGGUGACCCGGAACGUAUGUCACCCCCUAACGUCGAAAACUACAUUUUGGACGUCUUCUCCGGAAGCAACAUCAAACUCCAGGUGAUCAAAGACCCGGAGCAAUUCAGUCAAGAGUUUCCGCUUUUUGAAGCGGUCAAUCGGGCCGCUUCUGGUGUUAAACGUCAUCAAGGUCGCAUCGUUUUCAUGGAGUACUCUCCUACAGAUCCGGGCCAAAUCCAGGAAACUGUCUAUUUGGUCGGAAAAGGCGUCACUUAUGAUACCGGAGGCAUUGAUGUUAAAAUUAAUGGAGCUAUGGUGGGGAUGUCACGGGAUAAAUGUGGGGCUGCUGCUGUUGUGGGGUUCCUCCAGGUGGUCAGAUUGUUACAACCGAAGAAUAUCAAAGUUGUGGCAGCGGUCAGUUUGGUACGGAAUAGUAUAGGGUCGAAUGGUUACGUCGCCGAUGAGGUCAUAACGGCAAGAUCCGGAGCUAGAAUCCGGGUGGGAAAUACCGACGCGGAAGGAAGAAUGGUCAUGGCUGAUGUUUUGUGCAAGAUGAAGGAGUUGGCCGUGGAUGCCGUCAAUCCGCAUCUUUUCACCGUCGCGACGCUCACAGGACACGCGUUUCUGACAGUCGGCGAGGGAUAUUCGAUCGUGAUGGACAACGGUCCGGCUUUAAAAUCCGGAAAUUCGAUCCGGUUGCAGACCGCCGGCGACUUGAUCGGCGACAUUUUCGAAAUCUCCCGGAUCCGAUCCGAGGAUUUCGCUCAGCAUCGCGGCGAAGCUUUCGGCGACGAUGUCAAACAAGCCAACAAUCAACCGUCGUCGAGGACACCGAGAGGACAUCAAGGACCUGCCGCAUUCCUGAUCCUCGCUGCAGGAUUGCAGGAACACGGAUCGGGAAGUGGGAAGCCGCUGAAAUACAGCCAUCUUGAUAUCGCCGCUUCGGCAGGAGAAUUCCCCAAACCGGCCACAGGAGCCCCGGUUUUGGCCCUAGCAAAGGCAUUUUUACUGGAUUAAUUUGUACUUAUUUCGUUUGUUGGUUAAUAAAGCCCAAAUUUUGAUUUCUUGUCUGACUUUUGGGUGUGGUGGUCUUGAGCUAUUUUUAAGUCCAACUAUUUUAAUUAAUAUUAAACGAUUUUUUUCUUUG